AGUUUGUUGUGCGUUUGUUGUUGGAUUGGCACGUCCUGCGAUAGUGAAGUGUAUAAUAUUUUGUCCAGAUCGAAUUCUGGACUACUCUCCAAGAUGCUAUCCACACAUAACAACGAAAAAUUCAAAGUGUUUCAACUGCGAAGCCAGCAAAUUUUACUAUUUUCAACAAGGUCCUGUCCCGCUCGCGGUACUGAAGUUUUCCUCAAAAACGUACCACGAAACAUACCCAUCACAGACAUCUUAUACUUCCUGGAACAGUGCGGGGAAAUCUACCAGAUCCGCUUGAUGAUGGACUUUAGUGGUAACAACAAGGACUUUUGCUACGCAUCGUACACCACCAAAGACGCCGCUAAAAUAUCCACUCUGGUUUUAAGCGGUUUCGAGAUCAAGCCUGGAUUCCCAGUACAUAUCCAGAUGUCUUUCGACAAUAACAAGCUGGUGAUGAAGAAUAUUCCUUGGAAAAUGACCGACGAUCAGCUAAUGGAAGAAUUAAUGCCGGUCGUGGAUGACGGGCUGAUGAGCAUUUCCUGGCAAUCGUAUGACAACAAAAAGAGUUGCGUCUUGGAGUAUAUGAGCCACAGACACGCUCUGGAGGCGAGGAAGAAAAUCUGGCCCGGGGUGAUUCUGUGGAACACGAAAAUCGAGGUUGAUUGGGCCGACCCAGUUAUAACCAGUAAGGGUAAAUCCAUUGUUUUUAAGAAUUUACCUUCAAGCACCACACGAUUGGCAAUUUGUGAGAACCUAAAAGAGAUUAUCGACAUAAACACUGUUCUGCAGAUUCAGAUUAAAUAUGGAAAUGGUUACAUUACAUUUGUGUCUGAAGAGACCAGACAAGCAGCAAUUCGAACAUUUCAAGAAAAACCACUCCUAGGGCGCAAAGGAGUAUUUGUAGAGAAGAAAUUAGAAUAAUUAAAAAUGUAUUAAACUUUUUUGUUAAAAUUACCAAGUAAUAAAUAUCUUUC